AGUAUAAGUGGAAUACCAAAAUAUUAUCCCACGCUCUCACGGAUGUCGUCAGCUCACACACAGCAUGUCGCUCUUUGCACAGACAAUGGCCCUUUCCUAUGCUCAUUGUUUGGUGCGACAUCUAGCGACAUUUUCGCUGUCUGUGUGAUUCGCAACGGGAGAAUAAUUAGGCGAUCUCUUAUGACGACAGAUCUUAAAGCAACUGAGUUUUCAUGGAAACCAACCAGCAUUGUUUCAAGCAUUUGUGUGGAACCUCGCAUUGAUUCGUCCUAGCAAAGGCUGCCAAAUGUGUCGGCUAUACAAUCCCUCUUCUAAUACAUGCCACUCAUUGUUUGAAAACUUAUACAGGCUCUGGUUUAUGAGGUUGGAUUGCGUGGUGGAGGGCAAAGUAGAAGCCUCUGGACCCAUUAGACGACCAUGAGAUGAUGUAUGAAACAAGCACGCAUUAUUCAUUAUUCUAUUUAGUUUGUCUGGGUUCGAAUGAAUGCGCUAAUCAGUUUCCAAGAAGUGAGAGUACUGUUUGCUGCGCUUCACCAAGUCCAUAACGCGCAACUAAUGAUCUGCCCAGAGUGUCGCGCCAAACAAGUUACGAUCCUUAAUGAUGAAGCAAUUUGUACGAAAUGUGGUGCGGUUUUAAGUGAAUCCUUUGUCGAGGAAAAUGCAAAUCUUGCCGAUCGUAGCGAGCAAGAACAGCCACCAGUUACAGCAGGUGUUAUACUCACGCGCGCAGAAAAACGAUUUUUUGAAUCCAUUGAUCGUUUUGCAGCUGCUCUUGGCUUGACUGACUGGAUCCACUAUAUUCGACAAGUCUAUUAUGUCCACAACUCAGCAUUAACCACUUUCCGUACCCGUUAUUCAGACGAAUCUGCCAUUUGUUUGAUAUAUAUCGCCACACGAUCAGGUCGAACCGGACAUACGCUAGCCGAAUACGCUUCGAAAGUUGGUGUUACGGAUGUCAAGGAACUAAACAAGGCCUUCAAGCGAUAUAGCAAGGCUGUAAAAACGCUUCCAGGGCAACGAGUAGCAGCAGCAGCAUCAUCAUCGUCGUUGUCACCAUCACCACCGUCUGUGCCCCAACAAGCAGACGAAAGCAUGGAACGGGUAUCUACAGUUGUUGCUAAAUUAUAUCAUCCUAUAUCAACAAUGUUCGGUUUACAAGAUGAGAAUGCGGUAGCAUUGUCAGAUUGGACAAAGCGAGUCUACGACAUUGCUAAGCGAGCGGGUUUGGAAACAGGUCGGCCGACAGGUCCAUUAAUCACUGCUUGUGUCGUAGUAGCAGCACGUACCCUUUCCUCCAGGCUAGUGGACGUCGAUUGGGUGUUACUGAGUCAAAAUAUUUCGUAUGGAUGUGCCACUAUCAGACACAGGUCCAAAGAACUCAUGGACAUUCUUGUUCGUCGCGCCAAAUCUAUCCCCUGGCUUAAAAACUCGGUAAUCACGAAAUUUAAUGUUCACCACUAUUUGUGCGAGAUUAUCCAGAUGGAUUCAAGUAUCAAUGUCAACGACCGCAUUAUCAGUGUCCAGCAAUCACAGCUACAACCAUCUUUGGAAAGCUAUCCACCAUCAUAUCGGCGGAACUAUGAGCGGAUCCAACAUAGAGCCUCGCAAAUUGCUGCUGCAUCACAAUACUUGAAUCGACCAACAAUAGCGGAUAGCGAUCUACUUUCAAUGAAUGUUGAAGUUCGUAUGAUAUAUUUCUUGCUGGCCAAAGGCAUGUCUGCCUCCGAUAUUGAGGUGUUGGACAGCCAACACAUUUAUGAUCACGUGCGCCGUUUAUACAUACGAGAUACUCUUCCUGCGUUAUCCCAGGAAGAUUUAAAUAGAUCAGAAGUGUCCGAGAAGGACAUGGACGAUAUUGAAGCCGCUCAGUACUUGCAGUCGGAUCCGUCUUCUACUAAAUACGACUACCCCGACCACUAAAAAUUCAAUAUACCUUCCCCGUCCCCUUCGUUAUUCCCCACUGCUUAUAUAAUUAUGUUCUCCAUUGUCUUCCAAUUAAUUGUAAAUAUUACAAGUAACACACCUUAAUACCUAAAUGCAUUCUAUAUAUACCACUUAUGGCACAAAAUAACAAAUGUGAUCUAUUGCUAAGUCACCUCCACAUACCAUCUAUCAUG